AUGUCCGAGUUAUAUUUCUUGCGGCAUGCUCGACGUAUAGAUCAUGAAUUAGAAUCUACAUUAAAUGAUUCAAAUGUUCCUACGCCUAUUUUCCCAGAUUAUCCUAUCUAUGAUCCAUCAUUAUCAUCAUCAGCUAUUCCUCAAGUUGAAGGAAUAGUAGAUCAAAUCAUUUCCAGUUCUAAUGUAUUUAAUACUAAUACUACUACUACUACUACUACUACAAUAUCCAGAAAGAAUAUUUUUAUACAUUUUAGUCCUUAUUUAAGAUGUUGUCAAACGGCUGAUUUAUUAGUAUCUCAAUUACUGGAAAAAUUAUCAGUAUUACAUCCUCAAAUUAAAUUUAAAUAUCAAAUGCUUUGUGAUUUUGCUUUAAGUGAAUGGAUUCAUGAUAAGAUGAGAAAUAAACCUCCAUUUCAAGAUUCAAAUGAUGCAUAUAAUAUGUACACACCAAAUCUUAAGACUUUAACUAAUAAAAAUUGUUGUUCUAAUUUUCGACCUUUAAAUACUUUAGGACCCUAUAAUGGACCAGAUUUAAGUUAUAGUGAUUAUCAAUCAAGAUGUAAGACAUAUUUUAAAAAAUUAUUAGCAACUUAUGAUAAACCAGCUUAUAUAAGAAAUAAAGAUAUUAUUAUAGUUAUUUCUCAUGGUUAUGUUAUUAAUAAUUUUUUAUCAUAUUUUAUAAAUCAUCCAAUAUUUGAAGAAAUUCCUGAAGCUAAAUUAAAUUUUGCAUCUCGAGUAUUAAUAGAAAAUACUGAUUAUGAAGAUGAUAGUAUGACUGAUGAAGAUGAAUUAACUCCAGAAAAUUCAACAUGGAAACUUUUUAAAGAUGCUUUACAACUUUUGGAACGUGAAGAAGAUUUAGAUUCUACAUUAAAUUUAGAUACAGAUAUUGUUUAUUAUAAAACCAAUUUUAUUAAAAGGGAUGAAUUUCUGAGUGAAAAUUCAGAUUCAAAUAAAUCUAAUCUGAUUCAAGAUAAUCCUCGACCAUCAUUUAAAAUUUCUCGAUCUACUAUGGAUGUUACUAGUGAUAAUAGAACUAAUGAAUUAGAUAAACUUAAACCUUCAGUAAAAGUUAUAGAAAACAAAGUACAUAAGCCUAUAAAUUAUAAUCCUAUUUGUCCCUCAGCUAAAGAUUGGGAUCCAAGAAAGAUAAGAGAAUAUCAAAUUAAAAAUGAAUUUAUAUUAAAAAUGAUGAAUGAUGAAUCAUUUAAAAAGGCAUUUGAUAUUACAAAUCAUCCUUCAAAACCUGUAAGUCCAGAAGUUUCACCUAAUUCAGAACCUACAAGAAAUAAUUCAGUUAUAGAUUUAUCUAAAUUAGUGGAGACUGAUGAAAAUUAUAGGCCUAUGAAAUUACGUUAUUCUAGUACACCGGAUAUACCAAUGCUGGAAUUAAACUCUAAAGUUAAUUCUCAAGUUAAUCUUGCACAAUAUCGUAGGUCACCCAGUAAUAUUACAUCAUCGAAUGAUGGAUCAGCAGUUGAUUUAACAAGAUUAAUAGCAGCUAUAAAUAUGAAACCAACAUCUUCUCAACCUAAUGGUAUAUCUCAAAGUCAAAGAUUUGAUUAUGGAUCAUCAUCAAAUGAAAAUUCAGUUAUUGAUUUACCUAAAUUUGGAGCUUUUAUGAAUCAAAAUAGGAAAAGAUCUUUAUCUAAUCCAAGUGCUACAUCAGCAAGUGUAAAGGAUUCUUAUUUCCCACGAGUUGGAGGUAAUAAAUCUUCAGAUUCAGAAUCAUCGAUUACUUCACCUAAGGUAGGUUCAAAUGAAGAAUUACAUGUUAUAAAGGAACAUCAUAAUGAACCCAACUUAUCUUCAUCACCAACUAAUUUACCACAACUUGGAACUGUGUUUGCCAGAUCAAGAUCAUUAAAUCAUAAACGGGAUAGAUUAGAUGGAUUAUUACUUAGUAAACUUCAAAAGGAUGUUGAUGUAGAUAAUACUAGUAUGUCAGAAAGAAUAUUUUCACUUUCAUUUCAUGAUAAUAAUAAUGCUAUUACUGGGAAUAAGGGGAAUCAAUCAAUUAAUGAUAGUGAAAGUAAUAAUAAACUUAAAUCAUCUAAAACUUCACCUCAUACAGAAUCCAGAUCUCGGGGUAAUUCUAUAAAAUUCAUUCCUUCAGUAUUAACAUUUGAUUCUAAUACUUCAACAACUAAUGGUAAUAAGAAUAAAGGGAAAUCCAAGAAAGUUAAUGCUAUGUUUUAUAAUUUAGAUUCUGAUGAUGAAGGAGAUGAUGAAGAAGAUGAAUUUAUGUCGGAAUCAGAUAGUCCCUAUGGUACCGAUACCAGCCGCACAAAUAGAAAGCCAAAUGAGUAUCUUUGGUUUGGACAUAAUAGAAAUUAA